UAAAGAAGAAGUAAAACUUCAAAUUUAAUCAAUCAAUGCCUACUGGAUUCAACUGAGCAGUUAACUGUUUAAACAAUAGUCAAUGAUUUUAUUCUUUGCCACAGAACUUCCUAUCCAGAUCCGUUAAUUUGUAACAUACUGCAAUGAGUAUCCCACCGGGUGACGCGGAGAAAGGCAAAAAGCUUUUCGUUCAAAGAUGUGCUCAAUGCCAUACCGUAGAGGCUGGCGGUAAAAACAAAACCGGCCCUAAUCUCAGUGGAAUGUACGGUCGCAAGACCGGCCAAGCGCCUGGUUUCACUUACACAGAUGCUAAUAAGAAUAAAGGUAUUACGUGGAAUGAUGAAACGUUGUUUGAAUACCUCGAAAAUCCAAAGAAGUAUAUUCCUGGAACCAAGAUGGUCUUCGCCGGUUUGAAGAAACCACAAGACAGAGCUGAUUUGAUUGCGUACUUAAAAGAGGCGGCAAAAUAAUUUUUGUUUGGAAAUCGAAAUUAUAAAGAACAAUAAUCUAAUAAUAAUGAAAGUAAAGUUAAAUACUUGCAAGAUGUGUAGAGUGAAUAAUGAAACACGGAAAGUGUUAGGAACAAUGAAAGUUUACCCUGACACGACCUGAAAAGAUAGUAAAAAGUGUUAUUCACAUUUGUUUAGUUUUACUUAUGAAAUUCAGUUGUGGCCAAAGAAAGGUUGCUCUAAGUUUAUUGGUAGUAGAACAAAAGUAGUUAUGUUUUUACUUCAAACCUGAAAAUCAAGAUAGCUUACAUUAGUUCAUCAUGAGUAUUUAUAAUAGUAAAAAAAUGUUUCACUGAAAGAUGACUGGUUAUUACCCCCAAAAUAUUUUGGUUUAAAACAAACUCAAUUUCAAAUGACGCCUAGACAGUAAGCACAAUGUUUGUAGGUUAAAGUUUACGUACCACAUUCACAAUAACCUGCUCUGAAAUGUUGGGUGUUGCCUACGUUCCACUUUACGUUUGGGGCUCAAGAAGCUUAUUCACUGGCCCACACUGGUAAGGUGUUAAGAGGUGUAGGUAUCGGAGUAGACACUACUGUUACAAAUAUCAGUAAUCCUGGAAAUAAUGUUUAUGAGGCAAUUUGCCCAUUGUAACUUAUUUAGUAUUAGAGAUUAUUUAUCGGUGUAAUUGCCACCUUCAUCCGAACUUGUUAAAUAUCGGUACUACUUAACAUCUGUCACUGUCAGUACUGCUUGUUGCAGCACCCCAUAACCAAUUUAGUGCUGGAUUUCAUUGACAUGAAACAUGUUUAGCCAGGUAAAGAAAUAGGCACAAUAUCCAGCUUGUUUGGCGGAUGGUACGAACAAGGGGCCUGUGGCAGUUGAUCCACGGGAGCCCCCUAAUUUCAAACAAAAAAAUUCUCCCCUUCUUAAUAAACAUAAUUUCUGCAUGCUUCAGAAAUAACUUUUUGCGUUAAAUUUGGAUUAGAGAUGAAUACUUUUUUUAAUAUUUUGAAAAAAAUCGGUUGCCCCCACUUUUUCUUCUGAGACGUUGAUACUCGUAUGCAUCCCCCCCAUUGUCUUCAAGUUGUUAUAGCUAGACAUUCUCCCCGACAAUAAAUACAAUUUUUUAAAAUAUUUAGGAAAUCGAUUGUAAAAAACAUUAAUGAGGGAGCCUCUUCAACCCGAAUAGCAGUGGGAACCGAAAUUCGUUACGUUGGCACUUUUCCC